CCCCGCUCGCUCCUCCCGAGGAGCGCUGCCAGCGCGGCGCCGGCUCUUUCGGCAGUUCGCCCCGCGCUCCGCAGCCCGCCCCGGCCGGCGCACCCCCGUUCCACCAACUCCGGGGCAGCUGCCCCCUCCCCGGCAGCCGCGGGCCGGCCGUGACAUCGCGCUGCCCUGCUCCCCCGGCCCCGCGGGCAGGCGGCGGCGGCGGCCGCCACCCCUCCCGCCCCCCCACCCCCGCCUUUGUCGGCGGCGCGGGCAGGCUGCAGCGGGCAGCGGCGGUCGGUCGGUCCGUCCGUCCAUCCGCGCCGGGCGCGUGGCUCCUUUGUGUACAGCAGCUGCUCCUGAAUGCGGAGGCAAAGCCCGUGGCUUGGCACCGAGCUUUUAAAAAACAACAGCCUUCCCUCCCUCUCUCCCUCCCUCCCUCCCUCUCUCCCUCCCUCCCUCUCUCCCUCCUCCUCUCCCCUCCUCCCGCCGAGGCGGACGGGCACCCACCUGGGCUCCGCCGCCCACCUCUCCUCUCUUCCUCUCCUCUCCUCUCCCUCUCCUGUCCUUGUUUACCUGCACUUUUCCGCCGCCUCUUUCCCCCGCUGUCCCCUGCCGCCUGCCGGCCCUCGUUCGUCCCCGCUCCUCGGGAAGGCUCGGCGCCCCGCAGCUCCGGUCCCUCGGCGGUUUGCCCGCGCCCCAGCCCCGGGGAAGACACCUGAAGGUGGAUCUAUUAAACCUCCCGGCGGUCUCUCCCAGUGCACUUCUUGGACCAAAGCACCGGCAUGGAUGUAAGAUUUUACCCGGCUGCGGCGGGCAGCUCGCUUCCCGGAGACCCCUCCAACCUGGACUUUGCCCAGUGUUUGGGUUACUACAACUACAACAAGUUUGGAAACAAUAACAACUACAUGAACAUGGCAGAGGCAAAUAAUGCAUUUCUUGCUGCAAAUGAGCAGACGUUCCAUACGCCGAGCCUUGGGGACGAGGAGUUCGAAAUCCCACCCAUUACCCCCCCGCCCGAGUCAGACCCCGCACUGGGGAUGGCAGAUAUCCUGCUGCCCUUUCAGGGCCUUGGUGACCAGCUGCCUGCCCAAGGAAAUGAAUUUACACCUCAGUUUCCCCCCCAGAGCUUGGAUCUUCCCUCUAUUACAAUAUCCCGAAAUCUCGUGGAGCAAGACAGCAUCAUCCACAGCAAUGGAUUGCAUAUGGAUCAGAGUCACACACAAGUUUCCCAGUAUCGCCAGGAUCACUCUCUGAUUAUGAGAUCUAUUGUCCAUAUGACUGACGCUGCUCAUUCGGGAAUUAUGCCUCCUUCUCAGCUAACCACCAUUAACCAGUCCCAGCUAAGUGCGCAGCUGGGGCUAAAUUUAGGAGGCACUAAUUUGCCACACACUUCUCCCUCCCCUCCUGCAAGUAAAUCAGCCACUCCUUCCCCAUCCAGCUCUAUAAAUGAAGAAGAUGCAGAUGAAUCAAACAGAGCUACUGGAGAAAAAAGAGCUGCACCGGAUUCUGGCAAGAAGCCCAAGACUCCAAAGAAGAAGAAAAAGAAAGAUCCCAAUGAGCCACAAAAGCCAGUGUCAGCAUAUGCCCUUUUCUUCAGGGAUACGCAAGCUGCAAUUAAAGGGCAGAACCCGAAUGCAACUUUUGGAGAGGUUUCAAAAAUAGUGGCAUCUAUGUGGGACAGUUUAGGAGAAGAACAAAAACAGGUUUAUAAAAGAAAAACUGAAGCUGCCAAAAAAGAAUACUUAAAGGCACUUGCUGCUUAUAGAGCAAGCCUUGUUUCUAAGGCUGCUGCAGAAUCUGCUGAGGCCCAGACAAUUCGUUCUGUUCAGCAAACAUUGGCAUCCACAAAUUUGUCUUCCUCCCUUAUUCUGAAUACUUCUCUUUCUCAACACGCACCAGUAUCGGCAUCUCCUCAAACUCUUCAACAGUCCCUUCCCAGAGCAAUUGCUCCAAAACCUUUAACCAUGAGACUGCCGAUGAAUCAGAUUGUAGCUUCUGUUACCAUUGCACCAAACAUGCCAACAAACAUUGCAGCUCCAUUGAUAAGCUCUAUGGGAACAAACAUGGUGGCAACGCCGUCUUCAUCUCAAGUCAGUCCCUCAAUGCAAAGCCAGCAGCACCAGAUACAGCAGCUUCAGCAGCAACAGAUGCAGCAGAUGCAACAGCAGCAGCUACAUCAGCAUCAAAUGCAUCAGCAAAUACAACAAAUGCAACAGCAGCAUUUUCAGCACCACAUGCAACAACACUUGCAGCAGCAGCAGCAUCUUCAGCAGCAAAUGAAUCAACAGCAAAUGCAACAGCAACUGCAGCACAUACAGCUUCAGCAAAUGCAGCAGCAGCAGCAGAUGCAGCAUAUGCAACACCAGUCACAGCCUUCUCCUCAGCAGCAUUCUCCGGUAGCCUCUCAGAUCACUUCUCCCAUCCCUGCCAUUGGGAGCCCUCAGCCAGCACCUCAGCAGCACCAGUCACAAAUACAAUCUCAGACACAGACUCAAGUAUUAUCGCAGGUCAGUAUUUUCUGAACAUAAAUGAUCUUGCAGCACGGCUUUGUGUUGAUGGAGGGGGUAGGGGUAAACCAUAUUUGGCUGAAAACUGUAAAUUGUUGAUGGUAGUUAUGCAGGGAUGCAUAACAGAUCAAAUGAUCCUCUAAAGUGUCUAUUAGAUAGGCAAUAAAGAACUACAAUGUAGCUGUGUAUCAUCUUUUAGCUGACUAUAAAUCAUUUUGUUUAAAAAAAAAAAAAAAAAAAGCUGUGCUCUUUUUCAUGUGAUGCCUUUUUAAUUUAUUUAAGCUUUACCUACAAUAUGUGAAUCAAAUGGCCUAAUAAAUACCUGGACCUUAUGACUGCAAAAUGGCCUUUCAGAGUUAUAUGAUAUAACCCUUUUUUCUCUAAAAGUGAAUAAUGCACUUCAAGGCAGUAUGAACUCAUGAAGCCCUUAAAGCACAGUUGUAACUACCUGUAAGAUGAUGAUUGGAUUUCAUACAAUCAUACUUGUAUGACAUGAGUUAGUUGAUGGCAUUUUUUGUCAUGAAAAAAUAGAGUAAAUCACAGAUUUUUGCCAAAGCUCUUAAUUUUUUCUCUUCUAAAUGUCUUCAGAAAAACAAAUGCAAGUAACUGAACUUAAAUGUUUGACCCAACCUUUCACUUCAUUUCUCCAAAUAAAGCUACCGUAGUUUGUAAGAAAAUAUAUAUUGACAUUUACCCUCUUACGUUAAUUCCAAUUACAGAACAAAGGUGAAUAUUAUAUUCUGUGUCGAAGUGAUGAGUUUCAGAUUUAAUACACUGUAUUUUUAAAAGGGAAAUGCACUUAAAUAAAACUGUUAUUACAGAAAGCUAAGAUGAAAAAUGCAAGAGUUUUUAAUAUGCUGUAAAACCAGUAGAAUAUUUAAAUGAAACUCCACAACCGAAUAAUCAAUGUAAAUAUUUUCUUUAAAAGUUGUAAGUUUUCAUAUCAUGUGUUGUAAAGUUUUCAUAAAUGAGGCUUUAAUGUAAACACUGGUAACAUGAAUUAUUAAUUGCUACAUUGCUUAUUGUGUUUUUAUGCUGUUUUAUACUUUUUUAUGAGUUAUGAUAGCAGCAAUUAAGUUGUUUGUAUUUUGCUUAUCUAAAAUAAAUGCUUUUAUCUUGCUAUAGAAUAAACACAUUUCAGUAAAACUGAUGAGCCA